UGGCCAAAAGCCCUUGAAGUGCGCGGGCGCGGGCUGCUUUUACGGUGUACGGCGGGGUGGCCACAGCAUGGCCGCUCCCAAGCGGUUUCCGACGCUCGUUCAGCUGGAGCAGCGAGGGAAGCUCUUCGAGGUGCUUGGCAACCUCACCAAGCGGCCCUACUGGUUUCACUCCGAGUACCUGAAGAGCCCGAAGGCAGUUCACCUGGAGGCCUGGCUGGUGGAGGCGAUCUUCGGCCGGGGUGGAGAACAUAUCCCGCACGUCGAGUGUGUGUCACAGACCCUGCUUCACGUUCAUCAGUGGGACCCGGACGGCGAGGCUGAAAUCUUGAUAUUUGGCCGGCCUUAUUACCAGCAGGAUGUAUCCAAGAUGAUCAUGAAUUUGGCUGACUAUCACCGUCAACUCCGGGCGCGAAGCUCUGAGAAGGCUCCUGCCCGAGAGGCCGGGACCCAGCGAUCCCCCGACGCAGUCCAGGAGGCCGGGACCCAGCGAUCCCCCGACGCAGUCCGGGAGGCCGGGACCCAGCGAUCCCCCGGCGCAGUCCAGGAGGCCGGGACCCAGCGGUCCCCCAGCGCAGUCCAGCAGGCGGCGACCCAGCGGUCACCCGGGAAAGCCCGGGAGACGGGGACCCAGCGAUCCCCCAGCGUUGCUCGCGAGGCGGCGACCCAGCGGUCCCCCGACUCAGUCAGGGAGGCCGGGACCCAGCGGUCCCCCGACUCAGUCAGGGAGGCCGGGACCCAGCGGUCCCCCGACGCA